CACAGUUCAACAACUCACAGGCUCACAGGCUCACAGCUCAUCAUUUAAGAAUCUACCCACCAAACAAGCCGACAACCAAUAGCUUAGCUUAUCAUUUUAAGAACUCCAUUAUCUUUUUAGUGAAAAUGAAUCAAUCUUACCACGCAGCUCAGACGGUGAAAUUUCCAUUCCGUAAUUGAAACUACUGAUAAAAAAAAUUAUCCCCUGUAAUAUGAUACGGAGUAUCCUUCAAUUCAGAUACUCUCGCCACUAACCCUUCGUUCUACUAAUUGGCCAUGAAAGAUCUCGUUUUGUUUUCCAUCGGUUUCUUCCUCCUCCUCCUUAGUCUUUCUCAGCUUGAUGGGGUAAAUUCAGAAAUUAGGCUCCAUGAUGAAACUGAACUUGCUAAAUUACCACCAAGAGGUUGGAAUUCAUAUGACUCAUUUUCUUGGGUCAUCACCGAGAAGCAAUUCCUUCAGAAUGCAGAACUUGUUGCUCAGCGGUUAAAGCCCAAUGGCUAUGAGUAUGUUGUGGUGGACUAUCUGUGGUAUAGAAAGAAAGUGGACGGUGCGUACACUAAUUCUCUUGGAUUUGAUGUAAUUGAUGAGUGGGGAAGGAUGCAGCCAGACCCAAGUAGAUGGCCUUCAUCCGCUGGUGGUAGAGGGUUUACGGAAGUUGCUGCUAAGGUUCAUAGCUUGGGUUUGAAAUUCGGGAUCCAUGUCAUGAGAGGUGUUAGUACCCAAGCAGUCAACAGUAGUACCCCAAUCUUGGAUAUCCAGAUGGGGAAAACAUAUGAAGAAGGUGGCAGGGAGUGGAAAGCAAGUGAUAUAGGAAUAAAGGAGAGGGCAUGUGCGUGGAUGAAUAAUGGCUUCAUGAGUGUAAAUACUAAAUCUGGAGCUGGAAGAGCUUUUCUUAGGUCACUCUAUCAACAGUAUGCUGAUUGGGGUGUUGAUUUCGUGAAACAUGACUGUGUUUUUGGCACUGAUUUGGACUUGGAUGAGAUAACCAUUGUUUCGGAGGUAUUGAAGGAUCUUAAUCGUUCCAUAACAUACUCUCUGUCUCCCGGAGUUGACGUGACACCGGAAAUGGCAAAGGAGGUUAGUAGCCUUGUCAACAUGUAUAGGGUUACCGGUGAUGACUGGGAUACCUGGCCAGAUGUUGCUUCACACUUUGACAUUGCAAGGGACUUGGCAGCAGCUAAUUUGAUAGGAACAAAGGGCCUCCAAGGCAAGUCAUGGCCUGACUUAGAUAUGUUGCCUUUUGGUUGGCUCACAUAUCCGGGAUCAAAUGAAGGUCCAUACCGGCACUGCAAUCUAACUCAGACUGAACAAAAGACACAGAUGACAUUGUGGUCCAUGGCUAAGUCUCCUAUCAUGUACGGAGGUGACAUGAGAAGGAUUAGCGCCCACACAUUUGCUCUCAUUACUAAUCCUACUUUACUGGAAAUAAACUGGUUUAGCUCGAACAAUAAAGAGUUUCCAUACAUAUCUGGCUCACACUAUAUGAAUAACUCUGAGGCCCAAAUUUUGGCACUGAAAAGCUGCAAGGACGGAAGGUCAAAAGGUUGGUCUAAAAAACACCUUGAUGAUCAAAUUUGUUGGAAAGGAAACAUAUCCGAACAUCAGAAAGAAUCAUUUUGUCUCUACAAGAGAAUGCCACUAUUUGAACAACAUCAGGAAAUGAGAAACGAGAGACAGAUUCAUGAAAAACUGCAUUUGCUGGAAAGAGAAACUACGGAGUCGUGUCUUACCGCAGCACAUAAUCGGAAGCUUAGUUCAGGAGAGGUUAGCAAAGGUUCAUUCUCAGACUGUAGAUGGGAAGCCAACCAGAUGUGGGAAUUGAAACACAACGGGACCCUUGUAAGUGAAUACUCCGGCCUAUGUGCUUCAUUCGUUUCUGUCAAAGCUAUACCGGUAGGAAGUCGUUCUUGGAUUGCUAGUGGAAGGCAAGGAGAAAUCUACCUCGCUUUCUUCAAUCUGAAUAAUGUAACAUCAGUAAUUUCAACAACAUCAAGAGAUAUAGCAAGGGCACUUCCCGGAAGAAGUGUAAGCAACCAAACAUGUUCGGGAAGAGAAUUAUGGUCGGGAAAAAGCUUUGGAUCUGGAAGAGCAUUAUCCAUAAGCAUAGAAGCACACGGAUCUGCUUUAUUCAUACUCAACUGCAAAUGAUGCUGAGCACGAAUGACCAUUCCUGCACUGCAUGUUUCUGCCUACAAGUUUGUAAUUCCCACUAGAAAAUAAAUUUAGGGGGAGGGGAUGCUAUAGAAAAUGUUUUCUAUGGAAUUACUUUUUUAAUAGAAUAAUAAAAUGAAUGGUAUGAGUCUAUGAGAUCACCUCCUGGAAUACAAAGAAAUGCGUAGUACUGUAGUACUUUAUAUAACCAAAAUAAAGUUUGGACAAAAAUGUGAUUUAACAACUUUUGGUGAUUAUAAUUGUGUACAAAUUUUACAAUUUACAUCACUUUAAAUUACAACGAUAAAUUGCAUGAUAA